AUGCCGCAUAUUCCUGAGGUUCUACCUAAAUCCAUACCGAUUCCAAGCUUUAUCGUUACCACUUUUUCAUAUGUUUGGUUCUACCUCUACCCGGUGCUAUCACGAAUUCCCGGUGGUGAUUUCCUUAUACACUACGUGAGAAAGUCUCACCAAGAUGAUCCAUAUCGUACAUUUGUUGAAAUCGUAUUAAUUCUGUAUGGAAUUUACUACUAUUUGUCAAAACCACAACAAAAGAAAGGUUUACAAUCAAAUAAACCAAAUUUAAGUCCACAAGAAGUGGAUGACUUAAUUGAAGAAUGGCAACCUGAACCUAUUGUUGAUCCAACUGUAAUGGAUUUACAGAGAUGGAGAUUAGAUGCCAUACCAGUGAUAGAUGGUACAGGUGUUAACAACCGUAUUAACAUUUUCCAAAAUGGUAAAAAGCAUGAAAACGUCUUAAACCUUUCAUCCAACAACUUUUUACAUUUAUCACAAACCCCACGAGUGCAGGACGUUGCUAGAAGUGUUAUCAAGAAUUACGGUGUUGGUGCUUGUGGACCUGCCGGGUUCUAUGGUAAUCAGGACGUGCAUUACAACCUGGAAUACAGAUUAUCGGAUUUCUUCGGUACGGAAUCUGCCGUUCUCUACGGUCAAGAUUUCUGUACUUCAGCAUCAGUGAUCCCUGCAUUCACUAAAAGAGGUGACUUAUUGGUAGCAGAUGAGAAAGUUUCAUUAGCUGUACAAAAUGCAUUGCAAUUGAGUCGGUCUACAGUUUACUAUUACGAACACAACAAUAUGGAAUCUUUGGAGGCAAUUUUAUCCGAGUUAGUCGAAUCUGAAAAGAAGGAAAACUUACCUGCGAUUUCAAGAAAAUUUAUCGUCACUGAAGGUAUUUUCCAAAAUACAGGUGAUAUCCCACCAUUGCCACAAUUGUUCGAGCUAAAAAACAAAUAUAAAUUUAGACUUUUCGUCGAUGAAACCUUAUCACUUGGUGUGUUGGGUAAGUCCGGUAGAGGUUUAACGGAAUAUUUCGGUUUGCCUCGUAAGGAAAGUAUCGACAUUACAGUCGGUUCAAUGGCUCAUGCAUUUGGAUCGUCAGGUGCAUUUGUCUUGGGUGAUGCUGUCAUGUCCCAUCAUCAACGUAUUGGUUCCUAUGCAUACUGUUUCUCAGCGUCAUUACCACCAUACACAGCUCGUAGUGUGGAUGAAGUCUUACGGAUUUUAGAGGAAGAUAAUUCUUCCGUUACUAAAUUACAAAAAUUCUCCAAACUAUUACACAAUGAAUUUUUGACCGAUGCUAAAUUACCCAAAUACUUGGAAAUUACUUCAAGUCCCUUAUCCCCCAUCUUACAUUUACGGUUAACACCAGAAUUUAGAUACAGAAAAUUUGGUUAUUCAGCAGAAGAUCUAUUUUGUGAAACAAUGCACCAGCAAAAACUGGUCGCUACCACUCGUUACAUCGAACCGUAUGAACAGGAGGAAAGAUUUUUACAAAAAAUUGUCGACCGUCUACUGGUGGAAAGUGGUCUCCUAAUUACCAGGAAUAUCAUAGUCGUUAGACAAGAAUCAUUACCCUUUUUGCCAAGUUUAAAGAUUUGUGUCAAUUCAGGCUUACAAGAGAGCGAUAUCGUCGAAUCUUGUAAAUCGAUUAAACAAGUUUUGGUCGAGACUUGUUCUGAGUAG